AUGAUCAUGAGCAAUAGCGGAGAUGGAUCAAUGGACUUGAACGAGAUAGUUGCAGCAUCCCAGUUAAGAGGUGGGGCUCAUCAGCUUCAUCAGCCUCUCCGGGGGUUGAAGAAGGGGCCGUGGACAGCAGCCGAGGAUUCGAUUCUGAUGGAGUACGUGAAGAAACACGGCGAGGGAAACUGGAACGCUGUGCAGAAGAACUCGGGGCUGGCGAGGUGCGGCAAGAGCUGCCGGCUCAGGUGGGCUAACCAUUUGAGGCCUAACCUCAAGAAAGGCUCUCUCACAGCAGAGGAGGAGCGAAUCAUCAUCGAACUUCAUGCCAAAUACGGCAACAAAUGGGCUCGCAUGGCUUCUCAGUUACCCGGUAGGACUGACAAUGAGAUAAAGAAUUACUGGAACACAAGAAUGAAGAGACGCCAGAGAGCCGGAUUACCAAUUUACCCUCACGAGCUUCAACAUGAAGCCGCUGUUUCAUUUCAUCAGCAGCAAGUUCAUCAGCAGCAGCAGGGGCAUAACUCAAACUCGUCAUCUUCUUCAUUUUCAUCACUCCUUUCCUCCUCUCAUCCUCGAAAAGCAAAUUACAGCUCUACCCUCUCGCUCUCUCUUUAUGACCACAUGAGUUUUGAUGCCCCUCUCCAUAACCACCAUAACUCUCAUUCCCUCAAUUAUUCCAACACCACCAUGACGGCCCAGUUCAACGCUAAUGGCGGCUAUGCUAUCCCCCUAUCUCCUGUUUCACUGGUUUCCCCAUUUGGGUCAUGUUCUUCAGCUCUGUUCAACAAGGUCAGUGUUCCAAACCAGACCCUUCUGUCAACUCCAUCUCAAUACUACAACUCAGGUCAUGGAACAUUUGGUAACUACAAUCUUAGCCUUAGCUCAAUGAUCAUGGGGACUCCUACUUAUGAGCCAAUGAAUUCGGAGCUCCCUUCGAACCAAACACCACCGUACUCGCCAUACACCCCCACAAAACCUGCUUCUUCUGCUGACUUCAAUGGCAGUGAGGGUGUAAUGGAAGCUUCCGGCAACACCAAUGGCUACGAGAUUGAAACUUUAACCCCUCUAGGAAAGAGAGGCAGUGGUCUAUUGGAUGAUUUGUUGGUGCAAGCUGAUUCAAUGUCCCGAAACAAGAGAUCAAGGAGCGGAGACAGUUCGUCCGGCGAGUCAGGUAAAGACAAAUAUAUUGCGGAGGAAGAGAAUGAGUCUGCUGACCAGGAAGAGGAAGAAGAUAAUGUGCAAGAGGAAUCAACUUGGAAGAGCAGCGGUGAGAAUAGUGCUGAAAACCUAAGGGAUGGUAGCUCAUCUCCAUCAGUUGGGAUGAAACCAACUGAAGAUCCUCUGGAGGACAUGGACGAUGACUUGUUAAGCCUUCUCAACUUCCAAUCUACAGCACCAGUCUCCGAAUCGUGGUACGGGGGAAGCAUUUCUGACCAGGCUUCAUCAGGCAUGAAUGGUGCAAGUGACAUUAAUGUGCGUCUGGAUGUUCAGCAAAACACAUCGACUUAUGCAUCCACAGUGAACAUGAGUGCAGCAGAACCUGAUGAUGAAAUUAAGCGCAUCCUUCCUCCCUGCUUCUGGAAUAACAUGCCUGGCAUCUGCUAA